AUGCGCUCCACAGUCUUUGGCUUCCCUACGUCACCCGAGAUCCCACUCUCCGAACAAAACCUAGAUUUACACGACCAGCGUCUCGCUCUUACUUGGGUGCAAGAAAACAUCGCUGCCUUUGGCGGUGACCCGUUCAAGGUGACAAUCUGGGGCCAGUCCGCAGGCGCUUUCUCCGUAGACCACCACCUCAAAGCCUACGUCAACGACAAACUGAUUCCAUUCCGGGCUGCAAUCAUGUCCAGUGGGCAAAUGAGCUUCGGACAUCUCGCCCACCCAUCCCCUGGAAUUGAGACGUGGUCGGGGCUGUCGAGCCUAGUCGGAUGCGUCAACGCGACAGAUGAACUUGGAUGUAUGAAAGCCGUCCCGGCGGAGGAUCUCACCAGCGCCAUGCGGGAGUAUCGCAUCACUUUUGGACCACAGUUUGACAACGAGACGGUCCUCGGCAAGCCAAGUAAUCUCUGGAGAAACGGGAACGUUGUCAGAGUUCCUCUUUUGACAAGCACAGUGGAGCAAGAAGGGCGUGGGUUGGUCAACGAUCAAGUCAACAUGACGGCCUUCUUCAAUGCAUAUCUCCCUCCAGCUUUAAUGCUGCCUGAAGACCGAGAGACGAUUGUGUCCUUGUAUCGCUCUGAUGUCCGAGUCAACAAUGACUUUGAUCUCGCCUCGGCUAUUUACACUGACUUGCUCUGGUCUUGCCAUCAACAGCAGUCUCGAACAACAUCUCUACCUGGCGAUAUCAUUUCAACACCUCCGUCCUGA